AUGGUGAGUGUAAAACAACCUCACGCUGUUUAUGCUUUAGUGGGAUUAAAUAUGUUAUUUAUUAAUUAAAAAAGUCACCUUCAACAUUGGCUUAACGUUUGACUCAACAGCUACGAUUGAACAUUAAAGUUUGACAGGAAAGCUAGCGGUGUUAGCAUGGGUACGAGGCCGUCUGCCUGCGCCUCUCAUAUAUGUCUCUGCUCGCUCAUAGCUAACAACACGCCUGCUAACUCUACAUGUUUGCAUAGUGUUAAAGUAAUUAAGACUUGUUUUUAUUGUAUCUUAAAAUGCAUUUAGGCAAAAAAAAGACUAAAGCUUUGUUUCUUAUUUUGUUAUGACUUGUUAUCGUAAUGUUGUACCGUAUUUCACAUCAUGCAUGUCGGAUUACAGCAACAACUGUUGACAUUUACUCUCAUAUUUCUAAGAUUAAAGGUUAAAGUCGAAGAAAAGUGUACAUUAAAGAGUGAUCCAAGUACAACAGGGUUAAGAUGCAUAAAUUAAAAGUUGAUGUUCAUUGAUUCUGAUGUUGAAUAUUACGAAGUUUAUCUGGUGUAGGGGUUUCUCUCUACUGUUCUUUACAAACACGUAUCAUUAUUAUUUUACAAGAAACUGAUUUGAAGCAGUCAACUCGUGCCCAGUCAGUCAUGAGGCCCUCCUGACAGCUCAGUGAUUGGGCAAAUUUAGGUCUGCUGCAUGCAGGAGCAUGUGUGUGUGCCAGCUUAGAGGAAAACUAUGUAUUUGUGUAGCUGCUGAUCAUCAAUAAUAGAUUAUGUAUCCCUCCUGCUAUAUGGUCACAGUGGAUAUCUCUGGUACACACCUGACAGCUUAAUCCGUCUUAUUGACAAACCUGAAAGAAAAGCCUGUAAACUAGAAAGCCGUCUUGGUUCUGUCACAGCCAUGAAUGGUUGUUUGAAAAGUGUCAGUGACAUGUGUAAGACUCAGAUCAGGAUGUUUAUAACAGGUUUAACAUCCUUCUGUUUUUGUUUGCUUUCCAUUAUUAGAAGACUUCACUGAUCACCUACAACAUAUUAAUACCUUAUGAGCCAACUCGCAGCCUCAGAUCCUCUGGCGAAGGCCUCCUGGUCGUUCCAAAGUCGAGGCUCAAAACUAAAGGUGAUAGAGAUUUCUCCAUCAGAGCUCCUCGACUUUGGAACGACCUGCCAGAGGAGAUAAGGCGUGCAGAGACAGUCGCUUCUUUUAAGUCAAAUUUAAAAACUCACUUUUACAGACUUACUUUUACGUGAUGCCAUCUUUUAUCUUUUUUCUUGUGUCUUUUACCUCUUUUAUCUUAUUUCGACUUACUAUCCUUUUAGCCUUUGUUUUACUUAUAAUCUUUUCCUAUUUUACCUUUUAGGUCAUUUAUUGAUUUUAUUGUUUUUCCUGCUCCUUUUUAGUAUUCCAUUUUAUCAUUUAUAUUACCAUCAUUAUUAUUUUAUUAUGAUUUUAUUAUCAUUAUUAAUGUCCUCUUUUAUACUUCCUAUCCUGUUUCCUGCUUUCUGUCCUCCUUUUCUAUUUAAUUUCUUCUUACCUAUUUUAUGUUUUUAUUUUGGUCCUCAUGGUCUCAUUUUAUGUCGUAGGCGUCUUGUAUUGCCUGGGUUUCUUAUGAAAAAUGAAAUUGGCCUUCAAUUCAGAGGCCUUGUUUUUAACUGAGCUUUUGUUUUUAUUUGUUUUUUUAUUUUCAUGUGCUGAUGUUCUGUGCUUUGCAACUGUUGUCAAAGCACUUUGUAAACUUCUGUUUUUAAAAGUGCUAUAUAAAUAAAGUUAUUACUAUUAUUAUUAUUGUUAACAAUUCAAGAAUGGGUAAGCUGUGGGGAAAUUAUCAUUAUGUUCUUUGAUAAAUAGUAUUGUCUGUGAUAUGUUUACAGAGUUUCCUAGGGGGUUUGUUUGGGCCGGUCUGUGAGAUAGACGUUCUGCUGAACGAUGCAGAAAACAGAAAGACAGCCGAGCUGAAAACAGAAGAUGGAAAAGUGGAGAAACACUACCUAUUCUACGAUGGAGAGUCUGUGUCUGGCAAGGUAAACCGAGUGUUUUUUACGUGUGUUCUUACGUGUAGAGGGAGGUAGAGUCCUCGAAGGUUCGACACAAAGAGGCCAUGAUUUAAAUUUGCUGUCAUUUCAUAUAUAAGUCAACAGUGCUCAGUCAGCACACUGUGGACAUCUCUGCAGUCUAUUUUGGGAUCUUCUCUUGAACUGAGCCCAGUGGGAAAUUAAACUUAAUUUUAUGAGUGUGUGUGUGUGUGUGUGUGUGUGUGUGUGUGUGUGCAAGACUUGUCCUGACUUCAGGAGGAAGUAGAGCAUCCAUGUUUAUGAUUCUGAGGAUGUAUCAGCCGUUAUAUCAGCUUUAAGUGAUAACAGAGGCUUUCUAGUAAUAAUUUCUCUUGCAGUAUUGCCAUGAUUGUCUUCACUGAGGUGCUUUUGAAGAGCUUAACCUUUUUGCAGGAGAACUUAACUAGAAUGUUUAUGAUUGCAGCGCCAGCCAACGUUUUUUUAUUUGUAUUUUAUGUCAUAUAGUAGCAUAUAAUUUUUUCAUACAUGGGUUUUUGUUCAUUUGAUGUGUCAUACAGUGAAUUUUUUUGCCUUUUUAGGUGAAUCUGAAUGUGAAGCAGGGAGGAAAGCGUCUGGAGCAUCAGGGUAUCCGCAUAGAGUUUGUUGGACAGAUAGGUGAGCUGAUAAAUCUCUCUGUUAUGACAUGUCUGUAUUACUCUGACUUUCACAAGAGUUAAUAAGCAUGUGUAGAUAAAAUUAUCAUCUCAAAGCAUAAUUAGCUCUUUUAUUCCUGUGCUAAUGCAACAGUCAUGAUGGAUAUUUUCUGUUUAACUAUUACAAUCUGUAGAUCUUCUUGUGUAAUUAACUGUGAAAUAUAGGAAUUGCACAGAGUGCUUUGGUUUUUACAGCUGUAAAACUGCAUGUCAACAAUAGGCUGUUGGCUCUCUCAUGUGGUUAAAAGGGUUUAGCAGAGCAUGUGGUUGUCAUGUGCAGCCUGCAAUGGUGGAGUUAACUCCUCCGUCUGUAUUUACAGAAGGAGGAGGAGAAUGAAAGCAGUGUGUUGAAAGAGUAUGCAAUAAUACAAUAAAACAAGUACAGUUAAACUUUUUAAAGUGUGGCUUAAAAACCGUACAGACCACUAACUAUCUUAAAUCCACCCUGCUGUCUGACUUUUUUCCAGAGCUUUUCUCCGACAAGAGCAACACCCACGAGUUUGUGGACUUGGUGAAAGAGUUGGCUCUACCUGGAGAGCUCGCCCAGAACAGGAGCUACGACUUUGAGUUCAUGCAAGUGGAGAAGCCUUAUGAGUCCUACACUGGAGCCAACGUUAGGCUAAGGUAUAUUUACUAAUACAACUGUCCAUUUAAACAAACCACAGGAUUUUAGUGCAAAGUGUCGACAUGUAAUUGAACAGCACAGGCAUUUGGAACUGUUUCUGUUCGCUCUGCUGAGGUGCUCUUGAUAACAUGAAAUAACGACACCAAGGAUGGUCUUUUUUGUAUUACAUAGGCCAUCAAAGCAGCUGUUGAUUGAUUCUUAUUUCUCUGAUGGAUUGAUGAAUAUAAACAUUGAGUUGAAUGUACAUGUUGCAAAGCAGCUACCUUGACCGGAAAUGACUAGAGCAGCAGAUGUUUGCAACAGUAUUGUCAGUCUAGAGUAGCAGAUCAGGUGUGGUUGGAGGAACCAUAUGAGGAUAAAUAGACAUUAAAAUUGUUGCUUAUUAAGAAGUUGUAGCUCAUUGCUGGUUCUAUUGCUAAAUGAAUCACAUUGGGGUCUACUGUAUAACACGAUAAGGUUUUGAUUGGCUUUGUUUGCCAGCCAGCUUUUCUGACGUACAUCUUCUGACUUUUUCUUUCUGUGUGUGAACAUCAAGAAAAAACUGCAAACAGGUAUGAAUAAAUGAAUAUUCAUGGUGGUAUCAGUGCUGGUAUCAGUAAUACAGAAACUAUCAAUUAAUUUAUUGACAAUCUUUUCACUUAAUUAGAACAAAAAAAUCAUUAUCAUCUAACAGCUGAAGGUUCCCAAAUGUCCCUCUUAUGAAAUGUAGUACCAUUUGCUUGUCAGACAGCUUAUGAUUUUAAGACACUUCUCAAAUUUACAAAUGUUUCAUGUUUUAGUCUGGUCACCAAAAACUAAAGUAAUAUUUAGCUGUAGCCAUGUUUGAAUGAUGUAACUUAUCUAAUAGUCCAGCACCAACUCGGUUUGGAAAGAAAAGUGUUUUGCUCUGACCAAACUAGGAUAAAACCUCUUUGCUGCUUGUCCUGGCCAGUUCUGUGACUCUCACAGCUCGUGUUGUCUGUUUGUGUUCCUGCAGGUAUUUCCUCAGGGUGACAAUAGUCCGCCGUCUGUCUGAUUUAGUGAAAGAAUACGAGCUGAUUGUUCACCAGUUAGCCACCUACCCAGAUGUCAACAACUCAAUCAAGAUGGAGGUCGGCAUAGAAGACUGUCUGCACAUUGAGUUUGAAUACAACAAGUCAAAGUAAGAACAGUGUCCCUUAUCAGUGCUAAUGUACUGUCCCACAAAUAGAAAGAAGAAAAACUGACUGCACUUUGGUUUGAGCAGCUUUUCAUUGUAACUCUUCUUUAGAUACCAUCUGAAGGACGUGAUUGUUGGGAAGAUCUACUUCCUGCUGGUCAGGAUCAAGAUCCAACACAUGGAGCUGCAGCUCAUCAAGAAGGAGAUAACAGGCAUAGGUAACAAUCCUGCCCGUGGGUGUGAAAUAGAACCAAACCAACAUAGAUCAGAAACUUAGAUGCUAAUUGACCAGCAGCAUGACUCUACUAGAUUUGUAACUGUGGUUUUUGUAAAUCAUCAAAUUUUUGAUUUUUUUCUUCUACCUUUUAAAUGCUGUCCGCUUUCUUCUCUGCACAGUGUUUACAUCCCCAGAGGAUUUCAGACCUUCAGCUUUGCUUCACUUCAUUGCCUUCUAUAUGGCUCACUUAACAUAGAUGUUGUCCUCAUUUUCAGGUCCCAGUACGACCACAGAAACAGAGACGGUUGCGAAGUAUGAGAUCAUGGACGGUGCUCCAGUUAAAGGAGAAUCAAUCCCCAUCCGAUUGUUUCUCGCAGGUAAUUCCUUAUCUUCCUCUGUGUCACCCUGAUAUGAGGCUUCAGGAAGUGCUAUCAGUCGCUAUCACUUUUCUGGCACACUAGCCAGCCCAGCCUUUCCUCUACACACCCACACACAAACACAAACACACACACACACACAGAUGUAUGCACUUGUAGCGUUAGUGACAUGCUAAUGCUGCACAUGUACCCACACAAGACAUGCAGAAUGUUUUUUCUUCUUCUUCUUUACAUUUAGGAGUAAUUACUUAAAGACUUUGAAUGCUCUCAUCAUUGAACAGAAUAUUUAGUAAACACAGUCCAUUUGGCAUCAUAUGAAAACUUGUGUUUUGUUACAGGAUAUGACCUGACACCCACCAUGAGAGAUGUCAACAAGAAGUUUUCUGUCCGUUUCUUCCUGAAUCUGGUGCUGGUGGAUGAAGAGGACAGAAGAUACUUCAAACAACAGGUAACAAACCUGCACCCACAGCAGAAGUGUUACUCAUCAGCGAGCUAAUGUCUGUUGUUUCUCCAGCACACUAAGAUACACAUUUCGUAUUACAUAAGUUAUGUCUAUUUGCAUUUGUAUCGAAGAUCUUUUAUGUUUUGUUUUGUUUUUGAAUGACGCAGUGUAAGUAAGACGUUGGGGCUAUAUUAUCACAAGUGGGUCUUAUUUCUAAUAUCAGAAAAAGUGCUUAUAGAUAACAUGAGCACAAGGUACAUGUCUCUAAUUGCCUCUGUGUGAAGGGAGAUGCAGUGAAAGCAUUUGUGUUUUUUUUAAGGCUGUUAAGCAAAGCACUGUGGUUAACUCUUAGAUGUUCAUGACAACUCCACACGACACCUUAACUCUUUAUUUGACUCUAACUCCUCAAAUAAAUCUGUAAAAUCUGCGCUUAUACCAGUCCACCAGCUGAAAAAAAGGAUUACUCUGUUUUGUGCAACUUCAAACUUUCUGAUGCUGAUAAGCAGCAAAGAAAAAAAAUAUAUCAUUUUUAUGUCAAGGCUUGUAAGGCUUGUAUUGUUAAACUAAGAAAUAUGGCAAAUAAGUCAAAGUUAACCACUCAAACUAUUAAAUUUAAAGGCAAAAAUAGCUUUACAACACUUCAAAAUAAAAGAAACAUGCACAUCAGUCUCCAAAGUUCAGUCCGUAGUCUUCACACUGCACAAACCUCUGUGAGACCCACCUGUUGAUCUUAUGGCUCCAGCGUGUUCGAUCCUGUGUUCUAUUUUGGUCUUGGUUAUCUACUUUUGUAAGCACUUGUUUGUUGACAUGUAAAUAUUAGGUUUGCACUGAUGUUUGUUUUCUUUCAUCGUCUCCCCUUCUGCCGCAUGAAGGAGAUUGUUUUGUGGAGAAAAGCUCCAGAGAAGCUGAGGAAAAGAAACUUUCAUCAGCGUUACGAGUCUCCGGAGCCCCGACCCCAGCCAGUUACUGCAGAGCAGCCAGAGAUGUGA